AGCUCCACCCCAUCUCCUCUUUCCUCUCAAACCCAAAAUGCAAGCUCGCCGCUUUCUUCUCCAUCAACAGCCGGCGCGAGCUUCACCGGCCGGAAACCACCGCCCCUCCGCUCCUUCGUUCGAGGCUCAGCUUCACGCCGUCAGUAGACCUCCAUCGAAACCAUUGAAGAAGCUCGAAACACAACGGCCGCCCAGAUUCUACCGCAUCGAUCCAAUGGGAUUCCGACACCUCGUGCAAGCGCUUACCGGAAAACCAAAAUCGCCGGCUUUAGCGGAGUUGAGAUGGUCGCCGGCGUCGGCUACCUCGCCUGAAAUUUUGCAGCAAGAAUGGAAAGUGCCGGAUUUGGAGUGUUGGAAUUGUGCAGAAGAGUUCUAAAGCUCUAAUUUUUAUGUCGUUGAUUUUGUGGGAAAUUUGUGUGCUUUAUGGGAAGUAAUAUUUUCUCUAAUUUUUUUUUUAGUUCUAAAGCUUUAAUUUUUUUUUAUAU